AUUAGCCGCCUGGAUUUGGGUACUCGGGAGGUGGCGGCCAGGCUGGGGCUUUUCCGAGCGGGCUGUCUUAGCGCGCGUGAUAGCCUUUGAGUUCCUCACCUAGGGGCUGAACAACUCACCUGGGGAUCGGGCUUCUCACGUAGAGGCUGAGCAUGUUGCUGGGGGCAUCUCACCUGAGACCUGGACCUUUCCUCCGUUCCCCACCCUCCUCACCUGACGGCCGCAGCUGUCACCUGUGAACUGAGCUCUGCAUGUUGGACCGGCUCGAUGUGGUUGAGGGUCCACAAAGUAGCCAACAUUUCCACAGGGGCCUCAGGCAGUGGGCUCACUUGACCUUCCGAACUUCAAAUGGCUUGAGUGAGGAGCAAUAUGCAUUAUCUGAAUUUUUGGAGAACACCUGUUUGUACAAAUAAUACAGUUUCAUCUGGUCUUUGGUUGACAAGUAGGCCUUAUUUGCACCAGCUCAUUUUUGUUUCCAGCUCAGAGCCACAAUGUGAACGAAUGAUUCGGACAGUUUCCGAGGAAGCCUUGGAAUCCUAAUUGACAGGGACAACAGUAUCUUUGAAGCGUACUACCUAAUCUGAGGUGCCCUCCUUCUCGAAACCACAUUUGCUAAGAAUAUGGCUUUUUUGAGCUUGGCUGCUGGAAGGCGAUUAGCGGUAUGUCUGCCCAACAGCUUCCCCCAACUCCCGUGGUACAUGAAGUCUAAAGUUCUACAUGGCUGGCAAGAAAUCAUCAGGCAGGCAGCCACUGCUGCUUCUGGGACUGUUGGUCACUGUAGCUGCCAUCCAUCUUGUUGCCUGUCCCUACACCAAGGUAGAGGAGAGUUUCAACCUACAGGCUACGCAUGACCUGCUGUACCACCAGCUGGACACAGACAAGUACGACCACCAUGAGUUUCCUGGAGUUGUUCCCAGGACGUUCCUUGGGCCACUGUUGAUUGCCGUAUUCUCCAGCCCUGUAGUUUAUGUGCUUUCAUUGUUGGAAGUAUCCAAGUUUUAUUCUCAGUUGACAGUCAGAGGAGUCCUUGGGCUUGGUGUGAUUUUUGGACUCUGGACGUUACAAAAAGAAGUGAGACGACAGUUCGGGGCCAAGGUGGCAGCCAUGUUCUGCUGGACGUCAGCCACACAGUUUCACCUCAUGUUCUACUGCACGCGGACCCUGCCCAACGUGUUGGCCCUGGCUGUGGUUUUACCAGCCCUCACAGCCUGGCUGCAGCGUAGGUGGGCACGCUUUAUCUGGCUCUCAGCCUUUGUCAUUAUUGGCUUCAGAGCUGAGCUGUGCAUGCUGCUGGGCCUUAUGCUGCUGCUGACCUUGUACCAAAGAAGAAUGUCUGUGGCCAGAGUGUUCCGGCAUGCCAUCCCAGCAGGGAUUCUCUGUCUAGGGCUGACGGUUGCUGUGGACUCCUAUUUCUGGCAAUACCUUGUAUGGCCAGAAGGAAUGGUGCUUUGGUACAACACUGUCCUGAAUAAAAGUUCCAACUGGGGCACCUCCCCACUCCUGUGGUAUUUCUACUCUGCCCUGCCCCGAGGCCUGGGCUGCAGCCUUCUCUUCAUACCCCUGGGUGCAGUGGACAGGAGGACCCAUGCACUGUCCCUGCCAAGCCUGGGAUUUGUGGCUUUAUACUCGCUUCUCCCACACAAGGAACUGCGGUUCAUCAUCUAUACCUUCCCUGCCUUCAACAUCAUGGCUGCCAGAGGCUGCACCUACAUCCUGAAUAACUAUAAAAAGUCUUGGCUGUAUAAGGUGGGAACUCUGCUCGUGAUAGGACACUUCAUGGUGAACACAGCACUUACAGCCACAUCCCUCUAUGUGUCCCAUUUCAACUAUCCUGGUGGUGUCGCGAUGCGACGGCUCCAUGAACUGGUGCCUCCCCACACAGAUGUCCUUCUGCACAUUGAUGUGGCUGCUGCCCAGACAGGGGUGUCGCGGUUUCUACAGGUCAACAGAGACUGGAGGUAUGACAAGAGGGAAGAUCUCCAGCCUGGAGCCGUGGGCAUGCAGGACUACACGCACAUCCUUAUGGAGGCAGUGCCUGUUCACCUGGCCCUCUACGGGGACACGCACCGUGUCCUGGCUAGUAUUGAGGGCACUACAGGUGUGAGCCUGAACCUGACAAAACUGCCCCCCUUUGAUGUCAACCUGCAGACGAAGCUAGUGCUUCUGGAACGGCAGCCUAGGCCAGUCUAGAAGGAUGAGCUCUCCAGGAGCAUCAAGUGUGGCCACCUACUCAGUGAAGACAAUUCAGAAAAACAGCAAAGGGCCAAGGACUACAGCAUGUCCUGGUGUCCACCUGCCAUAGCCACACUUAGGACUCACGGCUGGGACCGUGGAGCCCAGGACAGUAGCCUAUGCAGACCUGUCUGCAUAGUUAGGCUCAUUUAUAUUCACAACUAAGAGGAAAUGGGGAGCCAGGCUAGAACAACCUGCCACCCUAAUUCUGCAGUGACUCUCGGUGUGUAUGUCCUGUCCCUGAACCCACUGUUGCCCAUGGCCUCAGGAGACCACAGUAUAAACCCAGAGCUUCAGCACAGGGUAGACAAACACACACACACACACACACACACACACACACACACCACCCAUUAUUUCAGCUGUUAUAGUCCAAGGCAUGUCAUCCUCAUUUCAAAUUAAUUCUUAAAACAUACACAUGCUCAUAAAGAACAAGAAUAAAGUUAUGUUUUCUUA